CCAUAAACUUCAAAAAAAAAAACCACAGAACAAUUUUACUACGUUUUCAUUUAUAAAUAAAUAAAUAAAUCAAGCAGUUUGGAGCACACAAAUUGAAUUAAAAAUGGCUGUGGAUUUUAAAGAAUUUGAUAGAGAUACUUCAGAUGAUUCUGACGACAGCAUGAACGAUGUGAGCAUUGACGAAGAUAUUGAUGAAAAUUCUCCAGAUGAGCAUAGUGAAAUUAGUGAAAAUGAAAACCACGAUGAUUCUGAUGAUGAAGAUGAGGUUGUAAAAGCAAUUAAGGCAGAACUCACUAAAUCCAGAGACCACCCACCAACUAUUAUAACAGAAGACUUUAUUGUCGAUAUUUGUUUUCAUCCUGCAAGGAAUUUGAUUGCUUUGGCAAACAUAGUUGGUGAUGUUUUACUCUAUGAGUACGGUAAUGAAGAGAAUAAACUUAUUAACACUUUGGAAUUACAUGUGAAAGCCUGUAGAGAUGUAGAAUUUAAUGAUAAUGGUGACACAAUGUUAUCUACAGCUAAGGAUAAAGUAAUAUUAGGGACUGAUGUUGAAACAGGAAAAUUGAAGUUUUGUUAUGAAAAUGCACAUGAUGAGCCAGUUUACAAGUUAUCAAGCUUAGAUUGUAAUAAAUUUGUCACAGGUGAUGAUUGUGGCACAGUUAAACUUUGGGACACAAGGAAAUCUGAGGCCGUAUUUACAAUAAAAAUUGGUGAAGAAUAUGUGUCUGAUGUGGUUACAACUGAGGCCCAAAAAUAUUUAGCCUGUUCCGCGGGAGAUGGUAUUCUCACAUCGAUUGACCUCAAAGCAAGUAAAAUUUAUUCAACGUCUGAACCAUACGAUGCGGAAUUAACAUGCAUGGGUUUGUUUCGUUCUGAUACGAAGUUGGUUGUUGGAUCUUCAAUUGGAAAAUUUUACCUUUUUAAUUGGAAAGAGUUUGGUCUCCAUAGUGACGAGUACACAGGACAUAAACAUGCUAUACAAUGUAUGUUGCCGAUAACUCAAAAUAUUGUGGUUUCAUCUGGAGAAGAUGGUAUUAUAAGAGCAGCCCACAUGUUUCCUCAAAGACAGCUGGGUAUUGUUGGCCAGCACAAUUUGCCCGUAGAAUGCUUAGAUAUCAGUCAUGAUGGACAGUUCAUUGCUUCCAGCUCACAUGAUAAUGAUCUUAAAUUCUGGAAUAUUUCUUAUUUUGAAUCCAUCGAUACUCUUAUAAAUGUUAACGAAAAACAAAAUAAGAAAAAAGACUUGAGAAACAAUUUGCCUUCAAGUACUGUAAAAAAUGCAUCUGAUUUCUUUUCUGGCUUGGCUUAAGUCUUAUUAAAGAGUAAGACAUAA